GUUUUCACAGCCUUUUUAAUGGAAAAUAUUCAAGAGUCAGAAACCUGAGAAUGAUUUUGUUCAAUCUUCAAUUGGCAACAUAAUAUUAGACAUCCUAAUCAACUGUAUGCGUUUCUUUUGAACGUAUGUCUCACCCUGGCGACAAGUUUGACUGGUAUCAGUCUGAAUGUAAUGUUUGUAUCAAUUAUCUUAGAAAGAAUCUCAAGCCAUCUGAUGUUAGGGUAGAAAUUGGAGACAAAUCGGUUACAUUGUUCCUUACCACGCCGCUGGCAAUGAGUUGCUUAAGGGUUUCCAUCUAGCUCAUCCAGUUGUUCCAGAGAAGUCAUCUUACCGUGUCACAUCUAUGAAGGUUGAAAUUCAGUUGAGAAAGGCAACGGAAGUCAGGUGGAGUAAUCUCGAAUCCCAAUGCCUGUCCAGUGGAUCUAAAGUUCACAAUUCUCAAGAUGUCACCAAAAUUGUUCAUUCUUAUCCAUCUUCAAGCAAGUUUUCACAUGACUGGAAUAAACUCGAGAAAGAAGCAGCUGAAAUCGAGGAUGAAGAAGACCCACUAAAUAAGCUGUUUAAAAAUAUAUAUGCAAAUGCCUCUGAUGAGACGAGAAAAGCAAUGGUAAAAAGUUUUGUAAGUUUUCCCUCGCUUUUUGGUUUGUUUGAUGAUCUGUAGGUUGGUUAAAUUCAAGCAUAUCUAAAGUGUUGCUUCUUAAUCAACAGUAAUAACUAAAAUAGCGUAGAGAAUCUCAUGGCUGCAAUGUUUUUCAUGGAAUAUAGAAUCUUCAGGAGUAAUCAUUCUCAUAACAAAAGUGACAGUUUACACUUUAUUACUAGGCGGAGAUUAAAUCAAUUUGUAUCGUCAUGCCCACCCCCCUCCCGAAGAAAAGCUGCGCAAUGAGUCAGAGAAGUGUUUCUGUAUUAACUUAAGUUUCAAAACACUGAUUUAUAAAAUUCCAAGGUGUGGGUAGUCAUGAACUGCCAGUCCUUCUCACACACCUCUCAGCAAUCAAAUUUCUCCAAUUUGUGAUCAACCUACCUAAUCUUUACCUUCUAAAAUUUCUUCACAUCUCUUUCCCAGUAUUCUUACAUCAACUUCAUUUACUUCCGGCUCUAUAGCUCGCGACAAUGACUGGAGUUCAGUUAACAUCAUCCCUGGUCUCCUGAAAUCGUAAAUCAAGCUACAUAUCAGACCUUUCACUGUCCGUAUUCCUCCUCAAAUCGGUCGGGAAGCUUCUCUACCCAAAACUCUGGCAUCUUGGGCCGUGGACGUCUGGUGUGUCCGCGAUACACGCAUGCAGCAUCCAAGUAUAAUUAUUUUACCUCAACAGACCAAUACGGUUAAACUGGUGAAAUUUAUCCUUCAAGUUUUUAGGGAUUCGAUGCCUAGUUUUUACAGGCUUGUAGGUGUAGGUAAAAGAUUGAGUACACUGUUUGGCUGGAUUCCAUUUGGCAGUUGCCUACAAGAUGUUAGACGAAUGGUGCAAUCUUCGAUGUCUUUGUAAUAUGUGUUUACGAGCUCACUGACUGCAGCUUGGAUGAAGUGAAAGAUGCGUUCUACCCCAAACUAUCUAGCAUCCUACUGAUAAUCGAGUGUUCAGAUGUCUUUUUUGUAGCGAAUGAUUUCAAUGCAAAAGUGGUUAGGCUAAAGCAGACAGAAACAUCCGUAGGCAGCACUUUUAGAAUUCCUGCUAAACAAACGUGUAUUAGAGAUUGUUUACUACAACUACUCAGACAAUCACCUACCUCUGACCAGCACGAACUUCAGACAUGGAGACAGACAUUGUCUGAUGUGGUUUCAAUCGAUCUAAGCUCAGCCAUAGACAUAGAUAGGCCAUAUCGCCAUCGGUUAUCUCUGUAUAGGAUAGGUGGAAGAUUCCUGUUCCUUCUAGAGCACAUGUUUGAACAGUAAUCACGCACUAGCUCAAGCAUACUUAUGUUCGCACCCACAUGAAUGUAGAAAGGCUUUGGCUGCAAGACAUUUCUCAACUCUGCUCUGUGGUGAGACUACUUAAGCUGCUUCCAACGAGGAAGCAGAUAGACAGCUUUUGGAACAGAAUAAGAUCACUUAUCCUAAAGGAGCUUGGGUCCAUCUGUAGUCAGCUGAAAAAAACAGUAUUAAAGACCGCCGGAGACCCUCGAAAAAAUGUCUAGAAAGGGUCAGUGAAUUUCAACAGCUUCCCAAUUAAUGGAUGCAUGUAAACAGAUUCACGUAUGCUCUAAGCAUAGUGAGGAGCGGAAUCAGUUCAAAUGUAGACUGUCAGUGAGUCUACACAAUAACCGUUAAAUGAUCUGUACAGUGAAGGGUAAAGAGAUGGGAGAUACAGCGGUGAUAUGUGACACCAGGCAGUGUUUCAAACUCAUUAAGGAAACUGAAAUGACUAUGAUGUGACUGUAGUAAAGAAGGAUGAGUUCACUUGUGAAAGGAUCAACUGGAAAAGUGGUGGGAACACUUCGAGGAACGUUUGAAAUAGCCUCCAGCUAGUCUUUGGUUGUGCGCUUUCCAACUGGUCCAUGGAUGAAACAGACCGAAUCGGCUGGAACGGUACUUAGUACCAACUGGAAUGAAGUUGGAACAGGAAAAGUGGAUAUGAAACCUCCGGAUGGAAUGGAAUAUAAAAAGUAUGAGAUGUAACGUUGACUGCUGUUAGCUACUCUGUACUUAUGAAUAUUUUUCAAUGGAAAUAAAGCACAUUCAUAUUGAUAACUUGUGUUGUAUGUCUGUCAAUUUAUAUUUUAUGAUGAAAACAGAAAAAGUUGAUGAUUUUAGAUCUUGU